AUGGCUCCUCGUUCCCGUCCUACUAGAAGCCGUGCUCCUUCCAAGCGGCACCACGUCGAUCGCGUCCACUUAGACGGCCACGAAUUCUCCAUCGGCGAUUGCGUCUACGUCAAGAUCAACGGCUGCGAUUUGUCCGAUGGAGCCCCCGAGGACGCUGCCGACAGCUCGGAUUCAGACGAAUCUUAUGCGAGCGAAGAGGCAUGCGAGAUCUGCGGGAAAGUUGAUGGUGCGGGAGAAGGGGAGAGGCACGAGGAUGGGGAGGGGGAGGGGGAGGGGGAGGGGGAGGGGGAGGGGGAGGGGGAGGGGGAGGGGGAGGGGGAGGGGGAGGGGGAGGGGGAGGGGGAGGGGGAGGGGGAGGUGAUGGUGGAGUGCGACGGCUGCCUUGGUGGUUUCCACCUCGGCUGCCUCGAGCCGCCCCUUGUGGAGAUUCCAGAAGGCGAUUGGUUCUGCCCGGCUUGUGCCGGAGGAGCGGGGGGAGGGGGGAGCGGAAGCAAAAGGGGAAAGUCGGAGAAAGCGGGGAAGGCGGGGACGGUGGGGAAUGUGGGGAAAGGGGGGAAGGCGGGGGAGGGGGGGGAGAAGCAGAAGAGGCGGCGAACGGCGCGGGAGCGAGUGUUCGAUGGGGAGAUUGCGAUUGAGGAGCGGCGCAUCGAGAAAGGGAGCUGUCUGCGGAAGGAGAUGGAUGGAUGGCAUGUUCCUCUGCCAGAUGCCCUUUCACUGUUUGCUUCGCUUUCAAUGCUGCUCUCCUCUCCCUCCCAUGACCCAUGGCCUGCGCCUAACCGCUGUGGCUUCCUCUGCGCUUCCUUCUCUUCCCCUGCGCUUCCUUCUCUUCCCCUGCGCUUCCUUCUCUUCCCCUGCGCUUCCUUCUCUUCCCCUGCGCUUUCUUCUCUUCCCCUGCGCUUCCUUCUCUUCCCAUUCCCGCUCCCCUCCCUGAAAGUUCAGAUGGCGACAAUACUGCGCGCCUGCCAGGUGCUCCCAGAGCCGCUCUUCGCAGCGGCAGCGCACGCGGGAGACGACGUGUUCCUCUGCCGCAUGGCCUACCACUCGCGCUCCCUCACCUUCAAACGCCUGCCCGCGCCCAUGCACGGGUCGGGGGGAGCGGGAGCCAUGGGGGGGAUGGGGGGGAUGGGGGGGGUGGGGGAGAUGAGGGGGGUGGGGGAGAUGAGGGGGAUGGCAGGGGGAGGUGGGGGCGGAACGGGCGCGCAGGGGUGUGGAGGCGAUGGGGGAGGGAAGAGGAGGAGAGGGGAGAGGGAUGAGGGGAGUCGAAAGGGUUUGCGUGGGAGUGGGGAGGAUGGGGAAGGGAGUGGCGGGAGUGAUGGUAGUGAUUCUGGUGAGAGUGACAGUAGUAUAGGGCUGACUGAUUCUAGUGACGAUGACAGCGAUAAUCUUAGCCUAGAGACCGAGGAGGAUGAAGAGGAGGAAGAGGAGGACGAGGAGGAAGAGGAGGAUUGGGGAGUGGAGGGAGGGAGGAGGUUGAGAAAGAGAACGAGGAAGGGCAGCAGACAUAAGGCUUCCAAGCAGAAGAAGCGGCAACGGCUGGGCCAGGAAAAUGGCUUUAAAUUUUCACAAGGGGACGGGGACCAUGGGCUCUUUUCCGUGUUCCAUAGUGAUCGGAGGAGCGCCGGAGGGCAUUCUGCGAUGCUGGUGGGAGAGAGAGAGGAUGAGAGAGAUGAUACGUGGGAUGAGGGGGAUGGGGAAAGCGACGGGGAGGGGGAUGAGGAGGGCGAGGAGGAGGAUGGGGAGAGGGAUGAGUCAGAGAGCUAUGUGAGGAAGGAUGGUGAGCAGAGGGGGAGGACGGUAGGCGGGUUGGCGGCGGUGCGGAGGGCGAAGAGGGCGCUGCAGCUGUCCCGUGUGCCGCCGUGCCUGCCGUGCCGCGAGAAGGAGCAGCAGGAGGUGGAGGGGUUUGUGGCGAGAGUGGUUGGGGGCGGAUCUGGGGGAGGUGGAUCUGGGGGAGGUGGAUCUGGGGAAAUUAAUCUUGGGGGAGGCGCUUUCGGGGAAGAUGGCGGGAAAAGGGCAGGAGGCGGAGUAGCGGGCACAGAGCAAGAGAAGGGGAACAAGGAGGGCAUGGGUGUGGGAGGGAAGGGAGGCGGGCGAGGGAAGGAGAGGGGGAGGGGGAGAGGGAGAGGGAGAGCGAGUGGAAGGCGGAGAAAACAGGAGGAGGUGAGGGAUGAGCAAGAGGCAGAGGGAGAGAAGCCGCAGGAAGGGCAGCAGAAGGGGCUGCAGGAGGGUCGCGAGGACGGGGAACAGCAGGAGGAGGGGGCAGGAAAGCAGCAGGUGAACUCACGGUGUUUGUACAUCAGUGGAGUACCGGGCACGGGCAAGACAGCAGUGGUGGUGGAGGUGAUGAGGCAGGCGAGGAGGAGCAGCAGGGUCGGGCGGCUGCCGCCUUUCCAGUUCGUCCACAUCAACGCCCUGCGCCUGCCCGCCCCCACUGCCUUCUUCUCUGUAAGGGCUCCCCUUCCCCCCCACCCCCUUCUCUCCCCCCCCCCCUUCUCUCCCCCACCCCCUUCUCUCCCCCCCCCCUUCUCUCCCCCACCCCCUUCUCUCCCCCACCCCCUUCUCUCCCCCACCCCCUUCUCUCCCCCACCCCCUUCUCUCCCCCACCCCCUUCUCUCCCCCCCCCCCCUUUCCCUGCGCGUGUCUCCUCACCCACUGCCUUCCUUCUUCUCUGUUGGUUUCUUACAAUCCCCUCCCCACCAACACCCUCCUUCUCGGCCUCCUCCCUCUGCCACCAACGUCCUCAUGGCCUUCCUGCCAUUGCCCGGCAUCACUGCAGGUUCUGUGGGAGGCACUGACUGGCCAGAGGGUGGCGUGGAAGAAAGCUCUUCACUCCCUCAACCUCCGAUUUGCCUCCCCUCACCCCGCCUCUGCUCCUGGCGGGGUAAACAGAGGGAGUGGCAGGGGUAG